AUGGCUAUUCCUCCGGAAUUGGUUGAUGACGAGAUAGUAGUCGAUCGGACGGUUGGCCGAAGAAGCCCAUUAAAAUUCCGCUUUGGUCAAGCGGCCCCACUAUGUCAAUGUGAUCUUCCGAAGCACAUGACUGCUCGGGACUGUGACUCAUGGGAAGUUGUCUACGAUAUACCUUACAGCGUACAGUCAAAUUCCAGCUACUCAAGAAUAUCAUUAUGGCUCAGAGUUGAUAUUCAUGUUCUGAUUUGGCUAUGGGUCAUGACAUUACUAGCUGAGAGACAAUGGUGUGUCACUGUCUGGGGAAUGGUCUCGACUUCGUAUUACUUCCAGCCUAUGGUAGCAUUUGUUGCUAUCGCCGCUAGGAUCACCGUUAACCUGAACGUUUUUGGUUUGAGGCCAAUGAGGCCAUAG